GUGCUCGCCACCAACGGCGACACCCAGCUGGGUGGCGACGACUUUGACAAGGUCAUCGUGGACUGGCUGGCGGAAGACUUCCAGAAGACCGAGGGCAUCGACCUCCUCAAGGACAGGCAGGCACUGCAGCGCCUGACCGAGGCUGCAGAGAAGGCCAAGAUUGAGCUCUCCGGUGUGCAGGAGGCCAAGAUUUCUCUGCCCUUCAUCACGGCCGAUGCCUCCGGCCCCAAGCACAUCGAGCAGAGCUUGUCCCGUGCCAAGUUCGAGCAGCUCGCCAGCAAGCUCAUCGCUCGCUGCAGGACUCCAGUGGAGAAUGCCUUGAAGGAUUCCAAGAUUAGUGCCAGCGAGAUCAACGAGAUCGUGCUCGUGGGCGGCUCCACCCGAAUCCCUUCCAUCCAGUCCCUGGCCUCAGAGCUCGUUGGCGGCAAGAAGCCCAACCAGAGCGUGAACCCGGACGAGGUCGUGGCUGUGGGUGCAGCAGUGCAGGCUGGCGUUCUGGCAGGUGAUGUGAAGGACAUCGUCCUGCUAGAUGUGACGCCCCUGUCCCUGGGUGUGGAGACUCUGGGUGGCGUGGCCACGGUGCUGAUUCCCCGAAACACCACGAUUCCCACCAAGAAAACCGAGGUCUUCUCCACCGCCACGGACUCUCAGCCAUCCGUGGAGAUUGUUGUGCUGCAGGGCGAGCGGCAGUUCGCGAAGGACAACAAGAUUCUGGGAACCUUCCGCCUGGAUGGCGUGCCACCGGCACCCCGAGGCGUUCCCCAGAUCGAGGUGACCUUUGACAUCGAUGCCAACGGCAUCCUGAACGUCGGUGCGAAGGACCGCGGCACUGGCAAGGAGCAGACCAUCACCAUCGCUGGAUCCUCCACCCUGGACAAAACGGACGUCGACAAGAUGGUGCAGGAUGCCGAGGCCAACGCUGCGGAGGAUAGCAAGCGCAAGGACGCCGUGGAGACCAAGAACAACGCGGAGAGCCUGGUGUACCAGACCGAGAAGCAGCUGUCCGACCUGGGUGACAAGGUGCCCGCAGAUCUGAAGGCCAGCAUCGACCCCAAGCUGCAGGCCCUGAAGGACAAGGUCGCAGAGGCCGAGCCCGACACCGAGCUCCUGAAGACCAUGACCAAGGACCUCCAGGAGGAGCUGAUGAAGGUCGGCCAG